GGCUUAAUAUAAAAUCUACUUGGCUGCAUAAAGUAUGAUGAACAUUCUAAUCGGAACUGAAUAAGAACGAGAUUAUCAAAUCAUACAUAUAACCCAGAGCUUGAUGCGAUCGACCCGACACCUGAAUUUCACCAUCAACGUUGGUCCACACACCCGAUGAGAUGAGGUCUGCAGCCCGAUUAUCUCUUCUUCUCGCCGCCGUUAUCCUCUUCUUCUCCCUGGCGCUCGCCUCCGAAUCCGAUCACAAGUAUCAACCUGAUGAGCAGGUCACCUUGUGGGUGAAUAAAGUAGGGCCAUACAAUAACCCCCAAGAAACAUACAAUUAUUAUAGUCUUCCCUUUUGUCAUUCACCGGUUAAUGCUGCUCACAAAUGGGGCGGUCUUGGUGAGGUAUUGGGUGGAAAUGAGCUUAUUGAUAGUCUGAUUGACAUAAAAUUCCAAAAACCUGUGGACAAGACUGCCAUUUGUGAGCUUGAGCUUGAUGAAGCAAAAGUCAAACAAUUUAAGGAUGCCAUCGAGAAUAAUUACUGGUUUGAGUUCUUCAUGGAUGAUCUGCCUUUAUGGGGUUUUGUUGGUGAGAUGUAUCCCGACAGGAAUAGUGACAACAAGCUUGUGCUUUACACGCAUAAGAGCAUAACUGUGAAAUACAACAAAGACAGAAUCAUUCAUGUCAACCUUACCCAAGACAGCCCAAAACUGUUGGAAGUGGGAACAACAUUAGACAUGACAUAUUCAGUGAAAUGGAUCCCCACAGAUGUCUCUUUUGCACGUCGUUUUGACGUUUACCUGGACCACCCAUUUUUUGAGCAUCAGAUUCAUUGGUUCUCCAUUUUCAAUUCCUUCAUGAUGGUUAUAUUCCUUACUGGACUGGUGUCAAUGAUUUUGAUGCGCACUUUACGAAAUGAUUAUGCUAAAUACGCUCGUGAUGAUGAUGAUCUAGAAGCCCUGGAGAGAGAUGUCAGUGAAGAGUCUGGUUGGAAACUUGUUCAUGGAGAUGUGUUUCGGUCUCCCCGGAGUUUAGUUUUACUCUCUGCUCUUGUUGGCACUGGCGCACAAUUAGCAUUGCUAGUCCUCCUUGUUGUCUUAUAUGCUAUUGUUGGAAUGUUGUAUAUCGGGAGAGGAGCUAUUGUCACAACUUUCAUAAUAUGUUACGCUUUCACAUCAUUCAUCUCAGGCAAUGUCAGUGGUGGAAUGUAUGCACGCCAUGGUGGUAAAAACUGGGUUAAAUCAAUGAUCCUCACUGCUUCACUUUUCCCUUUCCUUUGCUUUGGGAUUGGCUUCAUUCUGAACACAAUUGCCAUAUUCUAUGGGUCUCUGGCAGCCAUACCCUUUGGCACGAUGGUUGUGGUCUUUGUCAUCUGGGCAUUUAUCUCUUUCCCCUUGGCACUUCUCGGUACAGUUGUUGGAAGAAACUGGAGCGGUGCUCCCGACAAUCCGUGCCGUGUAAAGACCAUUCCGCGGCCAAUUCCUGAGAAGAAGUGGUACCUGACACCAUCCGUGAUCUCUAUGAUGGGUGGAUUGCUUCCCUUUGGCAGCAUAUUCAUUGAGAUGUAUUUUGUUUUCACUUCAUUCUGGAACUACAAGGUCUACUACGUAUAUGGCUUUCUGCUGCUGGUAUUCGUGAUUCUGAUUAUUGUUACGGUCUGUGUGACAAUUGUGGCAACAUAUUUCCUUCUAAAUGCUGAGAAUUAUCACUGGCAAUGGACUUCGUUCUUGUCCGCUGGCUCAACAACCGUCUAUGUUUACUUGUACUCGAUAUAUUACUACUACGCAAAGACAAAGAUGUCAGGGUUCUUCCAGACUAGCUUUUACUUUGGGUACACACUAAUGUUUUGUCUAGGCUUAGGGAUUCUUUGCGGUGCUGUUGGUUUCUUGGGCUCUAAUAUGUUUGUAAGGAGGAUUUACCGAAACAUCAAAUGUGACUAGUUUCUUCUUUCUAGGAGAAACCAUUACAGCUUCAUUACAUCAUUUGAUACGAAUUCAAGAGAAGCCUAUAUUGGGUUCCUGGCAAGUAUUCACGAGGUUUGAGGAUGACGUUUAACUCAUUUGUGGGGUGGCCCAGAAAAUUUUCCCCAUUUUUCUGGGUUGUAAAACCAUAGUCUAGUUAUAUAAGUUAGAAUCCAGCGAUUGUUUUUAUAAUGGAAAAGGCUAGCGCAAUGUCAGAUUCAUGUAGUUAUUUUUCUCAUCUUUAUAACAGAUGUUGAUUUGGAAUUUUUCUUCUGUUCAGUUUGUUCUGCUAGUAGCUUGUCAUUCGGAGGUCAAUGGAAAAUCUCGAGGAAAUGAAUUGUUUUAGGACAGUA